AUCAGCUCCAACUUCAGCAGCAUCAUUGCAGAGAAGCUUCGAUGUAAUACCCUGCCAGACACAGGGAAACGGAAGCCCCAGGUGAAUCAGAAGGAUAACUUCUGGCUGGUCACCGCCCGUUCCCAGAGUGCCAUCCACGCCUGGUUCACUGACUUGGCUGGGACCAAACCACUCACACACUUAGCCAAAAAGGUCCCCAUUUUUGGUAAGAAGGAGGAAGUCUUUGGGUACCUGGCCAAGUACACAGUGCCGGUGAUGAGAGCCGCCUGGCUCAUUAAGAUGACUUGCGCCUAUUACUCAGCCAUCUCAGAGACCAAGGUGAAGAAGAAGAACACCGUCGCUGACCCUUUCAUAGAAUGGACUCAGAUUAUCACCAAGCAUUUGUGGGAGCAGCUGCAGAAGAUGGCUGAGUUUUACAGGCCAGGGCCUGGGAGCUGUAUUUCUGCCUCAGGGUCCUUCUCCCAUGAGGUGGAUGCAGCCCUUCGUCAGUGGGACUACAAUGAGAAACUGGCCAUGUUCAUGUUCCAGGAUGGGAUGCUGGACAGGCAUGAGUUCCUCACUUGGGUCCUCGAGUGUUUUGAGAAACUCCGACCUGGAGAGGAUGAGCUGCUCAAGCUGCUGCUCCCCCUGCUGCUUCGGUACUCGGGGGAAUUUGUUCAGUCUGCAUACCUCUCUCGACGUCUCGCCUAUUUCUGUACUCGGAGACUGGCCCUGCAGCUGGACAGUGUAAGCAGCCACCCUCCCCACGUGCUCGCUGCUCAGCCCAGCAACACAUUGCCCCCCACCCCUGCUCCUCAACCCCCAACUGGCAGCCAACCCUCGACACCCUUUGGUGAAUUGCUUCAGUGUCCUCAGCAUCGACCUCUGGUUUUUGGGCUCAGCUGCAUCCUUCAGAGCAUCCUUCUCUGCUGCCCCAGUGCUCUCGUCUGGCACUACUCACUGACUGAUAGCAGGAUUAAGACGGGCUCUCCUCUUGACCACCUGCCUAUUGCACCCUCCAAUUUGCCCAUGCCUGGGGGCAACUCUGCCUUUACUCAACAG